UUAGUCUCUACCGUGCUAGGAGCGACUGUAUUCUAGUCACUGCCUGAGAGGUUCUUACAAUAUAGGAUCCGCUCAGCGUAUAUCUCCUAUAUAAGAUCAUUCUCCUGAUUUACCCUUCAAGGAUGGAUAGGGAUGGGGACAAGAUGGCAGAGAGUAUAAUAAAUCUCACCCUAGAGAUCCUCCUCCGGCUUACUGGAGAGGAAUACACAGUAGUGAAGAAGACCUCUAGUGAGCAUUGUCAGGCCCCGGUAUCUGAAGGACGGGGAGGAAUCCUGAGCCCAAUAUCCAGGCCGACACCUCACAUCCGGAUACAUGAGAACAUCAACAGAGAGAAGAUCCUAGAGCUCACCAACAAGAUCCUUGAGCUGCUGACUGGAGAGGUUCCUAUAAGGUGUCAGGAUGUCGCCGUCUAUUUCUCCAUGGAGGAGUCUGAGUUUUUAGAAGGACACAAAGAUCUGUACAAGAACGUUAUGAUGGAGGAUCACCAGCCACCAAGUAAAAGACAUGACUAAAUAGACACAUCC